AUACUGGCUCCACACACUUCCGGUCAACUGCCAUGAUCUGCCAUUGUCCUCACGUGUCAGAGUGUUCGAGUGCUUCUCCCGUGUCUCUCCAGUGUUUUAAUUGUUCAAAUAUGUCGACUUCAACCACCUAUUUUGGAAGCAUCGCAAAUCCAAGGGCUCCGAAAAAUGUUGAGCCCCACGUCAACGAAGAGAUGGAAGAGAAAGAGGACUGUGACGCGGUCAAACUUCUGCAAUGUCCUUUUGACCAAAACCAUCAGAUCCGUGCCUGCCGCUUCCCUUACCACCUUAUCAAAUGCAGAAAGAAUCAUCCCAAACUGGCAAGGGACUUGAAAACGUGCCCGUAUAACGCUCGACAUCUGUUUCCGGUUCAUGAGAUGAGUCUCCACACUGCCACCUGUGAGGACCGGAAGUCCGUCAGCUUGGAUGAAUCGUCUAAUGCAGAGGUGCAGCGGAAAUGGCAGGUCCCUGUUAGCACAUGGACCAACCCCCAAACCGACGAGGAUUGGGAAUCAGAAGCCGACGAUGCUGCCGUUCCCUUUGUGUGGGGGACUGCCUCGACCUCCUUCUUACAACCAGAGGCGACGGAUGGAUUGAUCUACGAGCACAACCUCAGCGCGGGGUUGAGAGCUCCGAAGACUCUCCCCUGGCCCGUUGAUGUAGACCAAUAGAUAAAUCCAAACCAAAUUUUGGCCAUUCUGCAUGUUAUUAUCUAUUUGUAUCUUAUCUAAAAGCAUCCAUUUGGUGGAUGCUUUUUUUUUCUCUCUCUCUCUAUAUAUAUAUAUAUAUAUGCGUGUAUAUAUAUAUAUAUAUAUGUGUGUGUGUGUGUGUGUGUGUGCGCGUUCCUUCCUUCAUUGUAAAAUUAGGUGUUAUGUUUUUUUAAUAUCCCAGCAGGUGUGAGUAUUUUUUGCCGUUCGGCUUGUAACUGCUAAUCACAAUCACACCUGGUGGUAUAAUAUGUCACCCUUUAAUGCAUUGGAUAAAUGUCUUUAAAGGAAUUAAAAAUUUGACCCCCUCUUUAUUAGUUUGCCUGCGGUCUUUGCUAAAGAACAGAAGGCCUACUAAUUCCUUUUCUCAAGGAAUGCUGUUUUUCCAUGUACUAAGCAGUGGAACCUCAUGCUAUUUUAGUAUUGAAGGAAAACCGUUUGCUGUGCACCACUUGGGGGCAGUGUUUAUUGUUUUUGUUAGUUUCCAGUGCAGUUACCAAGGUCAAUGUCAGUGGGGUUUUGAUUAAUUUCAACAAAGGUUUUAAGAUCCAACUUGGUGAAUCUGGGACGUAUCUUGCCAACUUUUUUUGAGUUCUGAAAGAUGACGCCUUAUAACAUGGCAACACGUCUUCCCUCACUACCAUAGAUUUCACGUGAUUAAAUUGUAUUGAGUUUAAGUGGACUUAAUCUGAUUUAAGCUUGGUGGCCAUAACCCAUCUAAGGGAAAUUGUUUGCUUAUGGUCCAAUGUUUUGAUGGCCAAAUUUUGCACACGUAUCUGUAAAAACGAUAAUUAUUUGCUAACUAUAGUUUGUUUUAGGAAAUUGUUAUUUUAAUUAUUUAUGAUGUACGUUUAAUAUACAUUAUACCAUAGGUCUACAUCACCAAGACAGGACUGUUCUAUGGAGUCCAUUUUCUGAUUUUAUCAUUCUUGGUGAAAUAAAUGUAUGCAUUUUCAAAUAAAGAAAUCUCGAAAGUUAAAUAUAUUGAUGCAUAUUUUAAUGUCCUCG